UACGACACUGUCGAGAAAUGGAGGAAAUCCAGGUGCGUCAGGUGAAAGAGGAGGAGGCGGAUCAGCUGAUGGCCUUCCUGCUGAAGCACUACUACGCCGAGGAGCCUCUUACGGCGGGCACAAGUCCCCCGGAACCGGACGCCGCCGACAAGGAGUUCCUGCUCUCGAAUAUUCCCCACGGCACCUGCUUCCUGGCCAUUCUGACAGAGGCCCAGGGCCAGCGGAUAGUCGGCGCUGUGGUGGCAGGCCCCAAAGACGCGACGGCGCCCCAGGAGGUGGCCGAUGAGGCCGCAAAGCACGCCGGCACCAAGUGGGGUCGCAUCCUCACCGCCCUCUCCGCCGUGGAGACUGCCACGGAUGUGUGUCGCCGCUUUCAAGUGCCCAGCAGCCUCCACGUCCACGCCCUGGGCGUAGAUCCUGCCGUCAGGGGUCGGGCUCUGGGCGCCCGCCUCAUGACCGCCGCCAUUCAGCAGGCCCGGGAGCUGGGCCACCGCCUUGUCUCCGUCGACUGCACCAGCGUCUACUCCGCCCGCCUGGUCUGUGGCCUGGGCUUCGAGCUCGUACACACGCUGCGCUACGAGCACCUCAAGGACUCCGCCGGGGAGCAGCUCAUCCGACCGCCGGCUCCGCACGAGAGUAUCCAGACCUUUGUUCUCCGACUGUAGUAAGCAGUUCCACCUGCUCCACCUGGCUACCUCCUAUCUUAUCAGCGCCCUGCCCUCACACCUGUUAUCGAACAUGUAAAGUCUCUAUAUUGG